AUGCGCCAGUCAGAGAGACAGACCAAGAUCGAGGAGGCCUCGACCUCCACACGGGGGCAAAAGAGUGUAUUUCGGAUCCCAAACUACAAAUCAAACAAUCACAUAGCGCAUGGACCUGUGGAGAACCCAACCGAUCGGGUCUUUCAUUCUCGCCGGUCGCACCGGAAGUCCCGUGGAGGCUGCGCUAGCUGCAAGCAGCGGCGAGUUAAGUGCGACGAAACUAAACCCCACUGUCUUCGCUGUCAAAAGCACGGCGUUGAUUGCGACUAUACGGCCCAGCUCAUGCGUACUAAGCCUCCCAAGCAUGUCGUUUCCCAUUUCAUCGAAUCUCAGCCCGACUUAAUGUCUGUGGAGUCGUUAUCCGCAUCAAUGUCGUUGCUAUUAGUAGCAGAAAGAUUGGACGAGCUCCUCAAGCUCGGUCAUGCUGCUUCAGGAUCAAGAUUACCGUUACGGACCUGCUCGCCUUCUUCAAGCCGUAUUUUAGAGGCUCUUCGGCAUUUCAAUCAAAGCGCCUUUGGCAUGGACAGUACUCCGGGAAAGAAAGAUAAUAUGAGGCCGAAAAUGACCCAACUUGCCUUUGAGACUCCAUUCCUUAUGCAUGCUAUCAUUGGAGUCGCAACUACGCAUCUCAGUAACGCUGUCCCCGAAAAAAACGCUUAUCGUGUCGCAGAAGCAUAUCACUGGCAACAAGCCAUCCGUCAAUACUCAGAGGAGGUGUCCCGCGGCGUUACUCAGCAGAACAUGGACAAGCUAUACUCUACCUGCCUUUUACUCACCGUGCACACUUUCAUUCUUGAAGAAUUCAACCCUCGUGCCUCUUUUGUCUUUUCCAGCGACCCAAGAUCAUUAAAUUGGCUUCGAUUGCAGGGUGGCCUACGCUACUUACUCGAGCGCACGUCCCGAUGGCUACCGAACAGUAUGUGGUUUCAUGCCUUCAUGGAAACCCACGACCCAAACAUCGACUACGAAGACAAUCGGCCUGGCCGCGUGGGCUUGGAUCCAGACUUCGCUGAUCUUUGCGGCAUCGAUGAAUGCUCAACCACAGACAAUAAUCCCUAUCUCUGGCCACUUCGUAUGCUGACCUGGAUUAUUCCGCUGGAGAUGGCACCGAAGAAUGCCUCCAAGUACCAUAACUGGAUGGGCCGGUUGGAAUCGGAAUACUAUGAGCGCCUGUGGCAGAAGGAUCCACCGGCUUUGGUUCUCCUUGCGUGGUGGCUUGCGCUCGCUGGGUGUGCUGGGGAAUGGUGGAUGGAGACUCGCACGCGGUCGGAAUGCACCGCUAUUUGCAUGCGACUGGAAGAUAGUGAGGAUCCGCUCGUGUGCAAGCUACUCGAGUUUCCUGCUCAGUGCUGUGGGUAUCUUCUGCGGCACGUCCAGGAACGAAUGGCGCUAGAAGCUCGGGGUGAUCUUGGGUUGCAUAUUUGA